AAACAUACGCUCCCGCCGUUUAUCAAAAUAAACAUCAACGAAAAAUGCAAACUUUGAACUGUUAAUGUGAAAACACUGUUGUAAAUGUGAUUAAUUGCAACCCGUUGCAUUUGUUGGGGAGAAAAAUAUUUUUUUGUAAGCUUAAUCAUUUCAAUUGAAGGGAUUUUUUACCAUAAUUAUGGUAGUGUAUCUGGACUGCAAUGCUACUACUCCAAUUGAUUCUGAUGUUUGUGAGACGAUAACAUCUGCUUUAUCCAAAGUUUGGGGAAAUCCUAGCAGUUCUUACGCAUUUGGAAAAGAGGCUCAUAAUAUUAUUCAGGAAUCACGAAUUAAAGUUGCCAGCAUGAUAGGAUGCAAUAGUGAUGAAAUAAUAUUUACAUCUGGCGGUACUGAGAGUAAUAAUAUGGCUAUUCAUACUGCAGUUAAACAUUUUUACUCUAAUGCAAGAAAUGGGACAAAACCCCACAUUAUAACCUCAAAUAUCGAACACGAUUCUGUCAUCCUGUAUCUAGAGACUCUUUUCUCUUCUAAAGAAAUUGAUUUAACAAUCAUACCGGUCUCCAAAACCACUGGCUCUUUUCAUGUGGACGAUGUAAUGAAUGCAAUUCGACCUAAUACUUGCCUCAUCACUAUAAUGCUGGCAAAUAACGAAACCGGUGUGAUUCAACCCGUUAAAGCUUUAGGCGAGUGUCUGAAGAAUUCUGGUCAUAAAAUUCUUUUUCAUACAGAUGCUGCGCAGGCAGUGGGAAAAAUUUCUGUUGAAGUUCAGGAUUUAGGGGUUGAUUACCUGACCAUUGUUGGACACAAGUUUUACGGACCACGCAUUGGAGCUCUUUAUUUCCGUCAGGGUAAACCACUUUACCCACUAUUUUAUGGUGGAGGACAAGAAAGAAAGUAUAGACCAGGAACUGAAAAUACCUGCAUGAUAGCUGGAUUAGGAAAAGCUUGUGAAUUAAUUGUAAAAAAUCUGGAGCUUUACAACGAGCAUAUGACAAAAGUGUGUAAUUAUUUAAAAAAAUCUUUAAUCGAAGCGUUUUCUGACAGGAUUAUCUUUAAUGUGAAACCUAAUGUAGAUAGGCUUCCAAAUACAUUAAGUGUUGCAUUUGAUUUUGAUGGUAUGACAGGGCAUGAAAUCUUAGCUGAAACCAAAGAAAUUUGUGCGAGUACUGGUGCUGCUUGUCAUAGUGGUAAUUCAGGCUCAUUUGUUCUUGUGAGCUCAGGUGUACCUGAGCAUUUAUCUGCAAAAUCUCUUCGUUUAAGUGUUGGAAGAGAAACAGGUAUGUCUGAUAUUGAUAAAGCUGUGCAAAGUCUUAAAAAAGCUGUUGAAAGAUUAAAUAAAUUAUAAAUUAAUUUUA